CAACAACACCUUGGUUUAUGAAUUAGAUUACUGCAAGUGAAAUAAGGUAAAAGUCAUCAUGAAUAUCAAACCGAUGCCGAAACGCAAAGAAGGAGGCCCGUCAGAGGCUGCAUUUGAUCUCGAGCAGCAAUUCAUUCUGCGCCUACCCCCGGGCCCAGCAGCAGCUUUAAGGAAAGAUGUCCAGUCAGGAUCAAUGUCUCUCAAAGAUAAACUGUCCAUUGAGCUUCACCCAGACAACAGAAUAGGCGUUGUUCGGUAUGGAGCAGACCUUUUCAAUACAAAGCUGGUUGACCUGCCUUGUAUCAUCGAGACAGCAAAGACAGUUGACAAAAAGACUUUCUACAAAACUGGAGAUUUAUGUCAGAUGAUGGUGUGCACUACUGAAGAGGAAACACAGGAAAUAGAGGAGAAAGAAAGCCCAAAGAAAAAGGACAGCAAAGACAAGAAGUACAUAUGGAACCAUGGAAUAACAGCUCCUCUGAAAAAUGUAAGGAAACGUCGAUUCAGGAAAACAUUAAAGAAGAAAGUGAAUUAUAUGGAGCAGCCUGACAUUGAGAAGGAAGUGAAGAGACUUUUUCGUAUGGACGCGGAGGCUAUUGAUGUGAAGUGGGAGGUAAUCACAGAGGAUGAUAAGCCUCUGAAUGACUCGAGUGGUCAGCCACAGACUGUGGUUGAGGCGUCUGGAUCCACUAGCGAUGACCGCCCACUCCAGCGUACCGACACCAGCACAACACUGGACAUGUUGGACCAGGACAUGAUCCUGCCAGAGCUGAGCAGUUCUGAGGAUGAGGAAGACAAAGAUGUCAACAUCAUGGAUUCAGGGGAAGAUGAUACCAACAUCACAUCACAGGGACUAGCUGAGUCCUCACAUCAAGGCUUCACCUUGUCUGAUCAGGGGGCCUCACAGAGUCAGGACUACAUGCUAUCAGGAGAUACAGGGACUUUGAAGGCUCGAUUGUCGGAGUUACAGGAGCAGAUUGAAGACUUGAGAGAACGAAGGCAGACACAGGAGGACCAGGCUGCUACCACUGAUGACCCCAUUGCCAUGGACCAGUUCCAGGCUGUUAUUGACAGCCUUCUACAGCAAGAAAAUGAGAAGGAAAAGGAGUACAACAUACUGAUGUCAGUGUUAGGCUGAUGUGGCUGUGGGGUGCAGGGAGUUGUCUCCCCUACUAUAAUCAACUUAGCCAGAUGUGCAUGGCUCUCGGUUGUGAGCUGGUGAUGGAGGAGGUGUGGUGGCCCCUCAUUCAGGAUAGCCACUAUUUACAUACGAGACACGCUGGGAUGGAUGUCUGAUGUGAAGCAGCAGAGGGGCUCAGAGCAGACGGCUAAUUCCGCCCUGUGGUUAGUGAUCAGUUCAUCUCCAGUAUCCCAGAGGAGUGAAUAUCCUGGGUACCUGAGGACCAGUCUGGUGACAAGUCCGUGAUAUAACUGCUGUACAACACAAAAUAACCAUGGACAAGCUCAUCUCACAUAUAAGAUACUUACAGGAAGCGGGAGAGUGUUGAGGAGUGUACAAAUGUCAGUGCUAAAUAAAAUGAUUUAAAUUGUAUAUUUUUUCAUUUGUGAAAGAAAAAUUGCCUGCACUGACUUACUAUUACUGCAAAGUACGGUAAUACCAACAUUUGAAAUGGCUCCACCCAGUGAUUUUCAUGAUAUUGAUGUCAGUUGUUCUGGUUCAGGUUACAAUAGGCUGUGUCACACCAUGUAAGACUGAAGCCACAUUUCUCUCUUUAAGUUAAGAUGGAAGUAACUUUUAAAUUCACAACAUAAGCAUGCAUGACAGUUAAGUGAAGUGGUUUACUAGGUGAGAAGCGUAUGUUGCUUGUCAGUAGAGUGUGAAUGAGAUACAAGUGAUACGUAAGCUGUAACCUCACAUGCGCAAUCACUCAUGUGAUAAAAUAACUCUUAAAGUUAUCAGUUAGCCAGAAACCUUGAAGCAGCAGGCCAUAGGUUAUCAGUCAGCCUGUAAUCUUAAACAAACAGAUCUGGUGAACCUGGCCAUGCAGACUCAGCCCAUCUUCUGUAUAUUAAAUGGCCACGUAGGUGUCAAGGCUUAUGCUAACAUAUCAUGCCAUCAGGAUUUCAAAACCAACUGUUGCACAAGUGUCAUAACAGCUGAAUCAAAAAUGCCUUCUUGAGCUUGUUUCUUAGUCCAUUAAAACAACUUUUGGAAUCACAGAACCAACCUCUCACUUCCAUUUUCAGUGAGCGGCCUAUGACCUCAUUGGUCAAGAGACUAGUAUUGGAGUGAGCUAGCACUUUAAAGUACUUUUUCUGAUGU